GUUUAUUUCAUAUGCCAGCAGAAAAAAAGAGACCUAGAGGUUUGAAGAGUAGUGCCUUGGCCAAGUCCAAUAAAAAAACCAAGACAGAAGAACUCAAGAAUACUUCUGAGCUACCUGAAAAUGCUAAAACUGUCGUUAUUGACAAAAUUAUUGAGGAGGGUGACGAAGUAGGAGAAGCCGCUGCUCUUCUCGAGAGUGCUAUGGAGAAGCUUGAAUCCGAUCCCGAGGAAGCUUUAGCUUUGCUUCGAGGCACUAUUCACGAAUCAGAUCGUAUUUUACGCAAUACAGAAGAGUCUUUGCCUGCUCUUUUUUACUAUACUUAUGGUUCAGCUCUUUAUGAACUAGGUCGUUUGACAGAAGAUGAAGAAUUUGAACCUUAUUUGGAAGCUGCAGAAGAAAGAUUAAAUGAAGGAUUGGCUCUUGCAGAUACAGAAAUGAAUAACAAAAUCCAUUUAGCUCUGGCCAAAAUCUGGCUUGCCAAGGCUGCUAGUGCUGUAUCUGAAGAUAGCAAUCAAGUGCUUCCAGAACUCUCUGUCAAGGCUUUAGAUACGUUAGAUGAAGUGAUGAGCCAAUCUGAAGUACCUUCCAAGACCAUCAUUGAAUUGGCUGAUAUUGUUCAAAACCAUGGUGAUUUAUAUGAGAGUCUUGAAUCUCGCGACAGGUUUAGAUUAUGGGCUGAAACUGCAUUGGAAAAAGUUUUGAAAGAUGAACCCAAUCAUGCUCAAGCAUUAUCUGCUUUCGGUUUAUGUAAAUUAUCUUAUGCCAACUAUUUGUUAGACAACAUUGUUGAAGAGGAAGAAGAGGAAGAAGAAAGGAAAAAAUUGAAUGAACAAGAAGAAAAAGCACUUCAAGUAAUUCGUGAGAGCAAGAAAUACUUUGAAUCAGCACAUGAAGAACUUGUUAAAACAGAUAAAUUGUCGCCUCAAAUUAUCUCAGAUUUAGCCGAAACUUAUUUGAAUGAAGCCAAUUUGAUUUUGGAUGAAGAAGAACAAUUGAACGUGUACAAAAAGGUUGUUAAAAAGAUCAAGGAAGCUCAAUCACUCAUUGCUGAAAAGAAGCUCAAUUUUGUCUUGCCUGAAGCCUUGACUGCAUUUUUGGAAGAGUUUGAGCAAGAAGAGUAAAUUAUUUGUAAAAUAAAGCAUAGAUCAAGUCUUAUGACCC